AACACCAACAUGUUGCACCCGAAACUGUGUCGCAUGUUGAACUUUGUCCACUACCACGCCGUGUUCUUCGGCCUGAUGGGCACCACUCUAAGGAUACGCUCGCACAGGAGGAUCAUCCGCUUGGAGAAGGUCUCCUGGGCGUACCUGAUCUACAGCUUGUUCGUAGGCACCUGCCUGUUGCUGAACAUCUACUUCAUGUUUCCUCAGGCCAUACUGGACGGUUACACAAAGUCCAACAUCGUCCUCCAAUGGAACUUUUUUGUGCAGAUUGGCCUGCAACUAAUGGCUAUUUUGGGCUGCUAUGGAACCAUUUGGCUGAAGCGCCGGGAUAUCAUAGAGUUCUACAAGGAAUCACUGAAUUACUGGAAGAAUUAUGGGAAAAUAAUGAAUGCUAUUGUGGAUAAGGAGGAACUCAAGGAGCUGCAACUGUCGCUGGCCAGGACAAUGUGGCAAAUAGUGUUUGUUUUGUAUUCGUACUUCUUCUUCUCUUCGGUGGUUCAGUACCAAUUGCUGGAUGUCGUUACCCAAUAUAGUUUGAUGGCUUUAGCCGGAAGGUUUUCCCAUUCUCUGCAAUUUGUGGCAGUUAAAAUGGGUUUCUACGGAGUCCUCAUACUGCUAGAUCACCAAUUUGGGGUAAUCAAACUGGCAUUAAGAGUCCUGCACAGGGAGAGCAGCAAAAGGAAAUGGAAAACCCUGCGUGCCAUAGCUAGAAUGCACUUGGAAACCCUGCAGCUGGCCCGGAGGAUAUUCAAGCUUUACGAUAUAGCCAAUGCCAUUGUGUUUUUGAAUAUGUUCAUGAGCACCAUGAGUAUCCUCUACCAUGCCGUCCAGUAUGGCAACAGAACCAUCAAGUCCGACAGCUGGGGCAUGAUUUGCGGCAACGGAUUGGUGGUGUCUAACCUGUUUUGCACUCUUAUGCUGAUGAACAUGCUGGACAGGGUGGUUAGCGCCUGCAAUAAUGUGGGAGAGCAGCUAAAGGAGUUCAAUGAUCUCCCUAGGAUCAACGGGAAAUUUCAGAGGGAGUUGGAUGACUUUGCCAUGCAACUAAGACGCAACCACUUGGUCUACAAAAUCUGCGGAAUUGUGGAACUGGACAAACCCGCUGGUCUCAGUUAUAUAGGCUCAAUCCUGAGCAACAUUAUUAUCCUGAUGCAGUUCGAUUUGAGGCGGCAGCAACAGCCAAGCAAGAGUCAGUACUUUGAACAUUUUUCCAAAAACAAUUCCAAGUUUUAG